AAAAAUUUACUUCGCAAAUAAUAGUAUAGAUCUGAUUUUGUUAUGAACAAGACUAAAAUGGCACUCUAGACUUUUUUGAGCAAUUCUUUUUUCUGUAACACGAUUUUUUUGGGUAAUCCAUUAGAAGAAUAUAGGUGUUGAAUAUUUCAUCACCCAAUAUGUAUGAUGAAAUACAAAUGCAAGAGUGGAACACUAAUCACAUCUUAAACCUGACUAAAAACAUGAGCUCCUCAAGACCUCAACAAACAAAAACAUAAAAAGUACAAAAGAUGAGACACUCCAAAUGUACAUCGUGGAGGAACAAUCUCGGACUGUAUUAAUCCAGUCUAUAUGUGAGGAAUAUAGUAGGCAAUGGUGAUGUAAGCUCUGGAAAAAGGAGUUUGUUCGUACUUGAUGUAUCAUGAAGCAGAGAGUGAUUGGUACUCAAAUACCCUUGAUUGUGGUAGUCUCGGUCACUUAAGAAACGUAUACUCUUCCACAUGUAGUGAGGAGGUACGUGUUAUAGUAGCUCCAGCUGAAAGUUCUGACAAGUAACAAAAUAGUAUAAAAUAACCCUUAAUAAAAAUAAAGAUGCAGACGAGAUUCAGAGAAUGACCCAAUAAAAAAGGAAAUUUGGGCUAAAACUGUUCUGAUGAACGACCUAGAUUCUAACGCGUAAAAUAUGAUUCAGAGAUCCUUUGAUCUUGUUCUUGAAACACCCUUACUACUUUUCUAUAUAAUAUAUUAAAAACUGCAAAAAUAAAAGAAAAUCUGGAUAAUUUGGAUCUGAAUCUGAUGGGUAAUCCAAGCAUAAGAAUAGACAUCCAACUGCACGUCCCGAUCUAUGGAAUUGUUGUUUUGACAACGGAAAAAGGCUCCCUUAUGUAAAAGUAAAUAUCUGGCCAAUCAAGAAUUCGGAGAAGAUUGAAUUUUAUAGUUAUUCUCUGAAUGAUUGGAUACAGAAAACUCAGACACACAUGUCUGGAAAAAUGUGGCAUAAACAAAGAGUAGUGGGUAAAGCACCAAUCUCGCAGUGAAUUGGUGUAUGAUUUCCAUAUAAGUUUGACAUUCUCAAACUUUUUCUUUUGCUAGCUGGAACUCAGAAAGCAACCCGUAACAAAAAGUUCAAUACAUAUCAAAUCAAACCAAUAAAUGGGCAUAUAAUUAUUGAACUUAUCAAGAAUUGAACCUUUUUUAAUGUCUUAACAUAUUUGAUUCAGUGAUUUAUACGAGUCUAGGUAGGUUUAAUUUAUAUCAACCCACAAAUUUAUCAACAUUGCUCUACUUGAUAGAUGAUAGUUAUUACCAUCGAACUUGUAUUCAUUCUAAACCUCAUUUUUCUUUAGAAUAUAAUUUGUUCCCGGCCCUAAUCAGGGAUUUUAACCGAACCAUACUAACCUAACCAAAUCGAUAACUGGCACUGAAUCGAAGUGUCAAAUCUUUUAGUUUUAUUUAUAGUAUGUUUUGUGUGCUUCUCUGUGGAUAACUCAUUUGAAUACCAUAACAUAUAAGUAUGUCCAUAGCUCUGCUGAUAUUAUAUUUGUUUUUACCAUUUUGAAAAUUUGAUAGCUUUCGGCCUUCACCAUAACUAAAAACAUAACACUGAUCAAAAAGCAAACUAGGUUGUGGUCUAGUGGUAAGAGGAUUUUGGGUUGCUAAGCAAUCCAGGUUUGAAAGCAUCACAUUAUAUUUUAUUUUGUGGCCAUGUAGAUACGGAGUCAUACAUUAAACUUCAUUUGAAUAUUCGGAAAGAAAAUCUAUCUGUGGACUGCAUUUCUCCAAUUUAGUAUGGGUUUUUCUUUAGACUCCGGUUACCCCCAAGUUAAAAAUAAAACUAACUUACAAUGGCUUCCAUCUAGGAGAUAAUGCAUGCACAUAUAGCCUCAGUGUGAAAACCGGUUUAGAAUAUGAAUGUGUCUUUUUCGGUCUAUUAUCCACAAAGUUGCUUUCAAGUUUUUUUGACUUGACCCACUCUUUUUGAAUAUCAACAUGACAACUCACUUUCAGACACACAGGCACAACAAUCAAUCAACCUGUUUAUGAGUUAAUAAUAAAUAAAUUAAACGUUAACACAUGAUAAAUUCCUAUAUAUCUUUGUAUGCAUGUAGUGUACACACGUAUAGUAAGAUUCUAAGGAAACAGAGAAGACAACACAAAGAAAAUGAGAUCCUUUACUCAUAGUCGCGGUGGCUCCUCCCCCUUGUCUGCCUGUUUCCACCCUUCCACCGCCGCCGCUACCAACGAAGAUACAUCGUCUUCUCUUCCAUCACCAUCAGCUACAUCGUAUUUUCCCGGCGACCUCCUAAACCCAACCACCACUUGCACCUACCACACUAACGUCGGCGCUUUCUUCCUCUCAUGGUCUCAGUCCUUCCUACGCCGCUCUCUCCACCUCCAUUUCUACCACUGCAGCUCCGCAAAUUGCUAUCUCCACUCUCCAGAUUGCUACAGCCACUCGGUCCCAUUCACUUUCAGACUAGAGAUCAAGCCUCUGACCUUCUGGAGAAAACAUGGAUCCAAGAAGAUAUCUAGAAAGCCUGAUAUUCGAGUCACGUGGGAUUUGACUCAUGCAAGAUUUGGUUCAGGACCCGACCCGGUGUCAGGAUUUUACGUAGCCGUCCUUAUCUCCGGCAAGGUCGGUCUUCUGGUCGGAGAUUCUCUGAAACAGAGGCCCAAGAGACAAAUCUUGGUGUCGAGAGGUGAGAAUCUGUUUGGAAAUAGAGUGUACCAUACGAAAAUCAAGAUUAAAGGAAAAGUAAGAGAGAUCGGUAUAGAUGUUAAGGUUAAUGAUGAUGAUGCUAGUCUCCGGUUUAGCGUAGACAAUAAAAGUGUUUUGAAGAUUAAGCAGCUUCAGUGGAAAUUCAGAGGAAACGCUAAGGUCGUGAUCGAUGAUGUGACUAUACAGAUAUCAUGGGAUGUAUACAACUGGAUGUUUGUUGACAAGGAUAAAGCUAAUCUGGUUAAAGUCCCUGCCGUGUUCUUGCUUCGGUUUGAGAAUCAAGAAGUGGAAGGGAACGAUGUGUUGAUGAUGAAGAAGCGUGAGAGGGACUGCGUCGUCUUGGGGAAGGAGAACUCUCGAAUGCUGUCGUUUAGGGCGUCUUCGUAUGGUCACUGGUCUUCUUCGGUAAUGGAAUGGUCGACUUGUAAGGAGGAAGAUGAAAGGAGCUUUGGACAUAAGAGUUGGUUUUCUUUGGUUGUCUAUGCUUGGAGGAAGUAAAAUGAAUCUUGGCAAUAGUUUCUUGAAAUCCCACCAUGGCUACAAUAAGGAAACCCAAUAUAACAAAGAUUAGGUCAAAUCUUCUAGGGGUUUUUGCCAAAACUAACCCACAACUUGAUUUUAAUUCCAAACAUAUACCCAAACUUGAAUCAAAUGCAAAACUAACCUAAAAGCCUAGUGAAAUUACAGCUCAGCCCCUUGUGACCAAACAAAAAAACAGAAGCCAU